AUGAAGGGAUUGUUCCUAAUCACUGCAGUUCUUUUGUCGUUUCUUCAAGACUCAUGCGGAGAUGACUUACCUAUCUGUAGGGACCUCAGAGCUCCAUUCCAAUACCCUGACGCUACAUACUGCCCACAGUAUGCUGAGUUAGGCUGCUGCGGAAAAAGAGGAGAAAGGCGUGCAGAGAAAACUGUGCCUUGCAGCCAGGAAAAGGAGGCUUGCGCCGAGUACACCCGCAAUAUUAGCUGUCUAACGUGCUCACCGUUUUCUGGACGGAUGUUCGACGACAGCGACAAUGCCCGUAUUCCACUUUGUCGCAGCUACUGCGCGGAAACGUACAGGAAAUGUAGGUACUCCUUGCUCAAAAUCUUCAAACUACGUCCGUGGAGAGAUGGACUUGUGUCAAGGAACCCUGAAACAGAGGAGGAGCUAGAACGAGACGCCGUAGCGUUUUGCGAGAAGUAUGCCUCCGAAGCUCCCUACUGCUAUCCUCAAAUCAUGGCGUUGGAGAGCCAACACACCUCGCCGCGGCCACGUUCACCGACCGACUGCGUGUGCGCUGUCCCUGUAGCCACAAGACUGGUUCAACCGCAGGCUAUUGCCGACCCAGGGGACAAGUCUAACCGACUUUUUAUCCUGGAGGAAAGUGGAAAUGUCAAGAUUCUUGAUCGUGGAUUAAAUAAAGUUCUGGAAGAACCAUUACUCAACAUGACGCGUGUUUUAUCUGUCGACAAGGAGACGGAGCCCAAUUUGACAGUAGGAAUCGUCAGUGCCCUCUACUUCAAGGACAGCUAUCUCCACAUUGCUAUCGGUAGGACCCCAGAAUCCAAGGAUGUCUUAAAUCUUCGCUCUUACAACGGAAAGAUAAUUCGAAUAGACGUAGACGACCAAGAUCCUGGGAAGGAAUAUGCUAUACCACCGGACAAUCCAUUCAUCAACGACCCUGAUGCCUUCCCUGAGAUCUAUGCCUAUGGAUUUGUCCAGCCAUGGAGAUGUUCAGUUGACCCGGGGGAUCCAGUUGAUGGGUAUGCUCGUUCGGAUCUGAUUUUUCCCAUUAAUUCCUAUACCUACGGACGAGACAUUGGUCUUGUAGGAGGCUAUAUGUACUAUGGGUGUCUACACCCAAACCUUAAUGGAAAGUACAUAUUUGGAGAUUAUACUGGAGGAAUGUUGAUCAUGGAGGAGGACAGGGACACUGGUGAAUGGGAGCGUCACAGACUCUGCAUCGGAGAUAGCAGCAUAUGUCCUGGGGCAGACGUCUCUCCUCUCUUUGUGGCCUCACUUGGACAAGACAGCAACCAGGAGAUUUACAUAGUAGCCAUUGAAAGGGACACAAUGGAUGCAGUUGCAUCAGGUGUCCUCUACCAGAUCACUGACCCUACCCUGAGGAAUGACCCUCAAGAAUGCAAUAAGAAGAACACCAAGUUUACUUAAACAACUGAUCCUUUAGAGAUCUAGCUCCUAUAACAAAUUUUGUUGAUAUUUCCCCUGUAAAUGUAAUGCUUGUUACUAAAAUGUCUAUGAUUGCUCUCUGCUGG